AUGGUCAUGAAGCGAGCGGUGUUGGGGGCACAUCACAAGGCGAAUGUGUUGUUAUCUGUCCUGGCUUGUCCCCAGCCUGGUAUGAAUUUACCUGAUGGCUGGGAGCAUGCAAUGAAAGAUAAACAGUGGUUGUAUGCUACAUUUGUCGCCAUAGAUGCAAACUUUCAUUUGAAGAGGCGUAACGUGUCGACUAACGAGGCCAACCCCAGCCUCUCUAAAGGAUGGUCGUAUUUUGUGGAGGAGGAUGAUUAUAAGUCAUAUCUAGCCGAGCAUCUUGGCGAAGCACAAGAGGACUGGCUGCAACUGGUGUUGGCACUGAUCGACUGCACACACCACAAUCUGAAGCGAGGUAAUGGAGUUGGUGAUCUGCAGAAAGGCGAAAAUAACAAUUCCCUCAAAAUGUUGAACGUGUUGUAUGACAUCAUGUGCCAGUGGCACAAACACAUCUGGUCAUGUAUGAAGUCACUCCCUUGGUCCCACCAUUUAGACCAUGUCUCAAAGAUUAUUCACUUCUUCAUACCGAAAUUUCACCUUCCCGCGCACGUCGCAAAAUGUCAAUCAAUAUUCUUGUUCAACUUCACUCGCUUCGUUGGCCGGAUGGAUGGCGAGGCCCCGGAAAGAGUGAAAUGGUGGUUUAGGGAACAGAAUCCUAACGACACAAUGAUUCCCAAUCCACUUGAAACCAAAGCUACCAGUGUGCUUAUCGCGUCUGGUCUAGACCUGGAAGAAGAGCAGGAGAGGUUACUCAAAGGGCUUCGGCUUCAGCUCGUGCGCUGCGCCCCUUACCCGAGUAUGUGCCCUUUAAUUUCUGGGGGACAGAGGGGAAGUCCGACGGAAGUCCGGGGAGUUCCGGAGGACUUAGUGUCGGUGGAGUUCGGCGGAACUCCGGAAGGUUUAUGCGGGGACGGAGUAAGGCUACUAUGGAAGUCCGGAGUAGAAACAGAACAGAGGUUAGACUACCCUAAGGUAGAGCCAGAGAAGUAGUCCUAAGGUUUAACCCCUAAGACUUGGAGGUGGACAAGAGGUGAGACUCAAGUCCGGAGAUUGCAGGAAUGAGCAGAACUAAGAUGAUAUUC